AUGGCACGCUCUGCCAUCGUUCAGGAAUACGCCCCCCCGCCGCCCGCGAAUCAAACUCUGAGUCUCGACCAGAAGGUCAGCCUCGAGCGCCAGCAGAAUGGCAUACCUCGUCCCCAAGGAUACCGUGUUUCGUGGCACGCCAAUCCAGCCGUCGAACCCCAUCAUUUCGGACAGUCACACCCCAUGAAGCCCUGGCGGCUAACCUUGACAAAACAACUGGUGAUGGCGUACGGGAUGCACCACGCCAUGGAUCUGUACCUGUCGCGCGAGGCGACUUUCGAGGAGAUGGCUGAGUUCCACAAGGAAGACUACCUUGAAUUUUUGCGACAGGUGAUGCCUGGGGAUAUGGAGAAUCCGGACCAAAGCGAGAACGUCAUCAAGUUUAACUUUGGCGACGACUGCCCCAUCUUCGAUGGCCUCUUCAACUACUGCUCCCUCUACGCUGGCGCUUCCAUCGAUGCCGCGCGCAAGCUGUGCAACAACCAGGCUGAGAUUGCCAUCAAUUGGUCCGGCGGCCUUCAUCACGCGAAGAAAGGCGAAGCCAGUGGAUUCUGUUACGUCAACGACAUCGUUCUCAGCAUCCUGCAGCUGCUGCGCCAGCACCCGCGUGUCAUGUACAUCGAUAUCGACGUCCACCACGGCGACGGUGUCGAACAGGCGUUCUGGUCGACCGACCGCGUCCUGACUGUCUCCUUUCAUAAAUACGACAAAGAUAAUUUUUUCCCCGGUACAGGCGCCCUCGAUAGCACCGGUCCGUCUCAUCCGUUGAACCCCGGCGCACACCACUCGCUGAAUGUCCCACUACACGACGGCAUCGACGAUGAAUCGUACAUCCAACUGUUCAAAGAUGUUAUCGGCCCCUGCAUCGAGACGUACCAACCGGGCGCUAUCGUUCUACAGUGUGGCGCAGACAGCCUAGGCUGCGAUCGGCUGGGCUGCUUCAAUCUCAACGUCCGUGCUCACGGCGCCUGCGUCGCUUACACCAAGACCUUCAACCUCCCCCUCCUCGUCGUCGGCGGCGGCGGGUACACGCCGCGCAACGUCUCGCGCGCCUGGGCGCACGAAACCUCGAUUCUCAUCGACGCCGAAGAUCUGAUCGACCCGAACAUCCCCGACAACGUCGCCUUUCGCAACCAUUUCGGCCCGGACUUCUCUCUCUUCCCUCCUUUAUCUGAGAUCCGAAAACUCGAGAACAAGAACACCAAGACAUACCUGGCAAAUAUAGUUCAAUCUGUGAGGGAGCAGUUACGGUAUCUUCAGGGUGCCCCCAGCGUGCAGAUGAGCUUUAUUCCACCGGACAUCCUUGGUCUGCGCGAGGAGACCGAGAAUGAGAUCAAGGAAGAGGCCAUGAUGAUGGAGGAGGACAACGAAGAACCAGGCGUGUUUCAUUCGGGCGGUGCAGCAGGCCGAGGCGGUCGACGGCGUGAUCUGGAGCAUGGUGCAGGAGCUCGAGGCGAGCUGUACGCUGCGUAA